UUGACAAUUCAUUUGUUGUGAAAAUGGCGACUACCGGGGUUGGUUUUCGGUGGUUGGAUAUAUUAGAAAAGGAAUUUGAUAAAGCAUGUGUGGAAUUAGAUACAUCUUUAUCGGAGUUGGAGACUGAGGAGCCAGAGGUGGUGUUCAGUGCCCGUCAGAAGAUUGCCACACUUGGCUCAUGCUUCGCACAACUCACGCAUAAGGCUCUCACUAUAUUCCAGAACAGCGCCAAACUUGAGGCUGAGCUGGUCGACAUGAGGGCGGAAUUAGUGCAGGCUCGAGCGGCUUCCGCUGGUGGCAUGCAAGACGCGGGCGACGCGGCGGGUAACGUGCCUGACGCGGCGCGCGCGCGCUCUGAGGCGGCGCAGCUGGCGCGGGAGAACGCUGCGCUCAGGGAGACCGUGCUCGCGCUACACUCCGAGCUCUUCGGCGCUAGGUUAGCAACGAAAUACUUAGACAAGGAGUUGGCGGGUCGGAUACAGCAGUUGCAGCUGCUCGGCAGAGACAUGCGCGCCGAGGUGCGGGAUUCUCUGUGGGCCCAGGUGGAAGCGGAGAUCCUGCUGCAGAGGCACAAGACUCUAGUGCGCGUGUGUCGCGGGCUGUCCCCGCGCCCGCCGCGCCCCGCCGCGCCCUCGCUGCCCGGCGGCCGAGCGAGACCGCGCACUGUGCGAGUGAGACGCUCGCCGCACCUCGGGCUCGGUAUCUCCAUCACUGGCGGGCGCGAGCACGGCGUCCCGAUCCUGAUCUCGGAGCUGGAGGCGGGCGGGCCGGCCGCGCUGACGGGCGAGCUGUUCGUCGGAGACGCCAUCUUCGCCAUCAACGACCACGACCUCACGCAGGCUUGCCACAAGGAAGCGGUGCAAGCUCUGCAGAGCGUGAAGGGCGACUGUCAGCUUUGCGUGCAGUUUAUCGCCACCGACGACGACGAACGACUCUCUGAUGACAAUUACAGGUUCCCGCUGUACCCGGAGGAGGCGGUGUGCUGCGGCCCGCAGGACGGCGCCGGCGCCACGCCCACGGCGCCGCGCACGCCCGACUACAACCACAGGGCGGACUCAGAAGCGGAGUCGCUGAGUUCGUGCGGCGGCGCGGGCGCAGGCGCCGCGGCCUACCCGGACUAUAACAGCAUCAACAACAACCUCAACAUAUUGGACAUGGACGAUGACUCCAUCAAGAUCGAGACCCGUCUCGAGGUGGUGCGGCUGUCGCCGGCGGCGGGCUCCCCGGCCGACACGCCGGUGCACGCGCGGCGCGGCGGCAAGAAGAAGCGCAAGCCCGACUGGCGCACCAAGGGCGCCUACAGGGCGCUGGACGACGCGCACUCCUCCGACGACCUCGGGGACCUGCACCAGCAGUCCCCGCCGCACGACGCAGCUGCCGGCGCUGCCCGCGGGGCGUCGCCCGCUAUGAUCCUGCCGCCGCCGCAAGAGGUCGUGCUCCCGCCCCUCAUACUGGACCGCGACAAGAACAAGCACAACGGCGACGGGAAAAUAACAGCUAGGAGGGAAAGCAAAGGGUUCCGGAUAGGGUCUGCGCGGCGGGUGGUGGAGCACGCGCUGACCAACGGGGCGGGCGAGGCGGCGCGGCGGGCCGGCCUGCCGCCCGCGGGGGACGGGGACCCCGACUUCGGCACGCCCGUGUGAGGCCGGCGGCCGCCAGGGGCCUGGCUAGGCCCUGCACAUUACAUUAACAACACUUACACAAAACGUGUGCAUCCCACAUGUACCUACUACUUUGUUUUUGUCCGCAUCUCUUACGCGAUAAAGCCAAUAGAAUACAUUUUUACUAGUAUCUCGCGUAACUGGCAGCAUUACAUAAGCUCACGAAUAUAUCCCAAUUGAAGAUAAACUAAGCACCCACCAACCAUAGGUGCUGAGCCGUAUCGCCGUCUAUAAUGGGCCCAAUAACCGAUAGAAUCGAUAUAUUUGUCACCUCACGCGACGGCUGUCGUUUUGGAAACAUUUUGUUUUACUAUUUCUCCUGAUUUUACGUUCCGUACGCGCAGGAGCAAAAUAUGAAUAAUGUUUCAUAAAAGAACAUUUAGCGACAACAACAAAAAUGUGCAAAGAAACAAUGUUUUGUGUACGUGUUUAGUAUAAUGUGUACACUCGCAGGAGACAGUUUAAAACUCGAGGCGAUCCCAUAUAGAAUUUACAUUUGAUCUCGAUCUUGGAGUUUCCAAGAGUAUUUAGAAAUAGAAGAGCUAGCAGUUAAAAUUGACUUCCAACGUCGAUAUCAAAUUUUGAAAAUUAUGGGGCCGGUAUUACUUUUACCGUGCAUCCACACCGCAGUUAACUUUUGUGGAGCAACACAAUGCAACACGGUAACAUUAGGUAACUAUCUGUAACUUUUGUGGCUUUAUAAAUAACUUUUUACUGUCGGUUGUAGCUGAGUAACAUUUGAAAACGUUGAUCUACAAAAAGUAACUGCAGUGUGGAUGCGCGGAAACGAUAACAUUUCGCAACAUUUAAUAACUUUUUGUAACUGCGAUUAAUUGUUGCUGUUUGUCAAUUGUACGUUAAAGGACACGGCAACAUUUAUUAACAGACAAUAACUUUUUGUUAUAAGAUGUUGCUCAUUAAUAUUUGGAAACAUUACCUUCUACAAAACCAUUCACCAUUGAGUGACGCCUCGAAUUUUCAAACCAAAGCUUCUUGAUCUGUCCUAUGUUUCACGACACUAGUUAGCAUCUAUAGUAUAAGGUCAAUAAUAAUCUACAAUGGUUCUACACCCGAUGGCCUUAUUUGUACAAAAAUAAAUGUAAAAAUCAAGUUUGUGGAGAUAAUGACACCAGCGAUAGCCAUACUUCUUUCCUGAAAUUGUUGUGUGUCGAUGGUAAAUAAUUACUGUAAUUAUAUUACUUGCCUUGGGCAAGUAGCGCCGUUGGCCUAAGAAUCCAGUUUUAUAGAAAUAUUAGUAAACCAAUCUCGAAUUACUGAACGUAUUAACUAAUACUUUAAUACUUUAGUAUUCAGACAGCUAGACAUUUUUCAACGUAAUAUUUAUUAUUUAAAGAAAUCAUGUAUAAGUAAAUAUGGUCCCAAUGUCGAGAUCGGUUUAUUCAUGACAUGUAGUGCUUUUUCUGUUACACAGAGUUGCGUUCGGUGCUUACAGGUUUUUUACAGGUCACAGACUGAAUAGUGAACUAGUAGUGUUUUGCCUAAUGCGGUAGCUAGUUGUCAUAGUAUUAGAGAGCAGCAAUCGAAUACCGGAGUUCAAAGCUAACUGUGAAGUAAAACAAGCACAAAAUACGCUGAUUUUCGAUACGUUCUAUACAAAUGUAUAUCAUGUGCUACCUUAUGUUUUGUAUAUUAGUUAUAUUUGUAUAUAAUUUUACAUUGUUGUGAAAAAAUGUACUUUGUGUCCAGCACAAAGAUUAUAUCAUUAUUUUACACGUUUUUAGACUUAUGGUGAGCGAUUUUGUAUAUAUUUAGUUAUAAUUUAUUUUUAUAUAGUUUCUUUUUGUUGUAUUUUAUGUAUAAUAUAUGCUGCGUAGUUUUAGUUACACAUUUUACAUUCCUAUUGUAUUUUUAAAACUAUUCAUAUGAACUUAAAUUAUCGGAUUUGAUGCCAUUCUGUUGUGGUGUCAUAAUAAAAGUAAAUUGGAUUCAAAAUUGAUCUCGGUUUUGUCAAAGUGUAGGUUUUUAAAUUGUCUUAAAUAAUAGAUUAAUUUAUUGCUUGUAUAAAACGUAUACUUAUGUAGUAAAAAAAGCGAUUUAUAGUUAUAUACCAUUAUAUACGUUUAUCUUUAGUGCGACAGAUUAACAGUUGUAUUAAAAGUAUUAUGAGGUAUCAGGGCUUGAAAGCGUUUAAAGUGUACAAGGUUACGCUACCAUUGUUAUACCGGUAUGAAAUUACAUUCGUAAAACGGUAGCAUAACCUAAACCACACGUAUCUAACCGCUUUCAAGCCCUGUUAUGUAUACUACUCGCAGAGUAGGUCUCUCUCUAUUGGAUACCUAUUACGACACUGCCAAUCUUUUGAAUGAGCCGCUACUUGUAAUUAAAUUAGCGAUGAAACUGCAUCCAUUUAGAUAAUAAUUUUACGUUUAGUCGUGUGUACUCCAAUAGCGAUACGGACAUUGAUAGAUGCAGUGCCAUCGUCCUAGCGAUCGCUAUCACGAGCCCGAACUAAUUAAGGCUAAAAUUAAAUACAUAUCAUCAGAUUUGUGUUACACGUUACAAAUGUUUGGACAACUGCCAAUCGGACAAGGCACGAUGUCAACAAGUAAAUACCAUCAUAUUACUGUACAUCUAUCUAUAGUGUAGUACUACAAUAGCAGUCACUAAUGCGGUUAAUCAUCGUAUACAUUUAUUCCUUUUUAUGUAAAAAGUGUAAAGAUGAAAAGCUAUCAUAAACAUCGAUUAGUAUUCUCAAAGAGUUAUAUGCCAUUUUUAUGACUUUCUUAAAAUGUAGAGCCCCUCAUUUUAAAAUGUUUACUACUUGUUGGUACUAUUGGUCGUAAAUUAUGUGCAUUGUACUUAUUUGCUAUUCUUUACUUCGUAAAUUCUGUCUUGUAAAGCGAGUUACCUAGUGACGUGAUGUGUGACGAUGAGAUUUAAAGAAAUAAAGUGAUAAGCAAGAUUUCAAUAUUUUUGUGUUUAUGUGACGAAUGUUAUGUUCUAGGGGCUAAUAUUAAUUUAGGAUGAUGGCUUUUAUUAUUAAUAGUUUCAUUCUGACUGUACCUCGAAAUAAAUUGUUUUUGUAUCUGUAGGUACUAAACAUUCCAUGCGCUUGCGACGCACGUUCUAUUGCCGCAGUGCAGUUUGAUUUUCGUAUUUUCAGGACAAUACGCCUAUGUAUUAUAAUUAAAUGAAAUAAAAUUUGUAUUUAUGAAACAAGUGUA